CAUAAUUUUAUUCAAUUUUAGCUGCUAUAACUUCAAUUCAUGGGGCCACAUAAUUUUGUUCUUGUUCCACACACAUAGUACGUAUAUGCAACUCUUUUAAGUAGAUGAAGCCGAAAACACAAACAUCACUUGCUCAAGGAAAAAUAAAAUGUUCGAACGUAAAGUAAUUAGUGGUAAAUUCCUUGUAUUUAUUCUAUUACUAUGCAUCGAAUAUUGUCGUGUAUUUAGUUCCGGAGAUGAAGUAAUUGAGUGCAUGGAGAGUGAGAGAGAAGCUCUUCUCGGAUUCAAGAAAGACCUGAUACAUUCCGGUGAUAUUCUUUCGUCGUGGGGAAUUGAAGAUGAUAAAAGGGAUUGCUGCAAAUGGGAAGGCGUUGAGUGUAGCAACAUCACGGCUCACGUGAUUCGUCUACGGCUUGAUUUUUUCCGACUCGUAGGUAACAAUAUCAGUUCUUCUUUGCUUGAGUUGCAUUAUCUGGAAUAUUUGGAUUUGAGUUACAACGAUUUUGGAGGGAAUGUUGGCUCCAUGAAACAGUUACGACACCUCAGUCUCGUUAGCUCCAAUUUUUCUGGGGUAAUUCCUCCUCAACUAGGGAACCUUUCGAACUUAAGGACCCUUGAUCUCUCCCUUAAUAAUUUACGGUCCGAGAAUCUCGAUUGGCUUUCUCACCUUUCGUUGUUGUCUCGGCUUGAUUUAACUGGUUCCAACUUGAGCGAUACCAAUUGGCUCCAUCAUAUAUUAAAGCUUCAUUCUCUCGAGGAAUUGUUGUUGUCUAACUCAAACAUUCAAGAUGUACUUGUUACUACAUCUUCUGUUGUUGAUGAUGAUUAUCUCUUUGUUAAUUCUUCUUCUCUAUUUCUUUCUGUCAUUAAUCUAUCGGAGAAUAACCUCACUUGUAGUCAUGCAAUUGAGUGGUUAUUUAGACCGGAUCGUCUGAGGGAAUUGUAUCUUGGUGGCAAUAAAUUGAAAAGGUUGCCUGCAAGUCUUGGCAAGUUUUCCAAGCUCGAGACUUUGAACGUCAGUUUUAAUUCAUUGCAAGGCGAAAUAACCGAAUCCAACUUAACGAGACUUCAUAGAUUGAAGUGGUUGGAUUUGUCCUCCAAUUCAUUGACGUUUCACAUUAGCCCUGGUUGGACUCCUCCUUUUCAGCUAGAUUAUCUAAGUCUAUCCGGUUCCAACACGGGCCCGCAUUUCCCGAAAUGGAUUCGAACUCAGAGUAACGUUAAUUCGCUCGAUCUUUCUGGUAAUAAUAUAUCUGGUGAAUUGCCUAAAUGGUUUUGGAGUUUGUCUCCUUCACUACGAGCCUUAAAUCUCUCCCAUAACCAGAUAAGUGGUACGAUUCCUCAUUUUAUCUCAUCAAAACUAACAAGUAUAGACGUUAGUUUCAACAACUUUUCGGGUCAUAUACCAUUAUUACAUCCCAAUAUCGAGACUUUCCAACUCUCUCAGAAUAUGUUUUCAGGUUCGAUUUCAUCUAUAUGCACUACUACAACUACCCUGGAACUGUUUUCGCUUGACCUAUCGAAUAACCAGUUAACAGGAGAGAUUCCCAAUUGUUGGGAGUACAUGUAUCAGUUAACAUUUCUCAAUUUGGGUAACAAUUAUUUUUCUGGUGAAAUUCCACGUACUUUGGGCUCCGUCUCGAGUCUCAAGGUAAUGCGCUUGCGCAAUAACAACUUGUGGGGGGAGUUGCCUUCAACUUUGAAUAAUUGCCAGCAAUUGGAAUUGAUUGAUAUCGGAGGAAACAUCUUAACGGGAAACAUCCCUUCAUGGAUAAGUGCAUUCUCUCAAGACAUGGCAUAUCUAAUCUUGAAUGAAAACAGAUUUUACGGUUCUAUCCCUCCGGAAAUAUGCAAUCUUACUCGGAUCCAUGUGUUGGACCUUUCUAGAAACAAUUUCUCAGGACAAAUUCCACACUGCUUCAAUAGUUUUACUGAAUUGCUUGACAAGGGGACAACUAACGGUCAAGAUCUCUUGUCGUAUUACUAUUACGUUGAGUCUGCAUCGGUUCAAUGGAAAGGUCGGGAGUCCAUGUACAGAAAAAGAACUUUGAGACUGCUUAAACUGAUUGAUCUUUCAAGCAAUAAAUUAGUCGGAAAUAUUCCUGAAAUAAUUUCGUCUCUCAAGGGAUUAAUUUCCUUAAACCUCUCGAGAAAUAGCCUGACAGGAAACAUAAAUCCGGACAUUGGUCAAAUGGAGGUGUUAGAAGUUCUUGAUCUAUCCAGAAACCAACUCUCCGGCACAAUACCAAUCAGCAUGGCGCAAUUGCAUUCUUUGGCUGUUCUUGAUUUGGCGAACAACAAUUUAUCAGGCAAAAUCCCAUCAAGUACCCAACUACAGAGCUUCAAUGAGUUUUCCUAUGCCGGAAAUCCCAAACUAUGCGGGCCCCCUCUCGCGUCUUGCCCGGGAGACAAACUAAUCCCGGACACCACCGAUCAAGGGAAACGUAAUAACAAAGAGAUCAAAGACGAUGAAGAUGAUGGUGGCUUUAUUCUGACGAGGAUAUCUUUUUGGAAAGAGGUUGGAAUAUCAAUUGUCUUCGGUUUUAUUGUUGGGUUUUGGGGAUUUGUUGGUUCUUUGUUUGUCAAGAGAUCAUGGAGAAUUGCAUAUUACAACUUCUGGGGUCGUGUCGGAGAUUGGUUCUAUGUUACUACAAUUGUGUUUUUCAGAAAACUUAGGCGCGCCUAAAUUGAUCAAGGUUGUAUGCCUUGGAGCGCGAGCUAGAGGUGUGGACUAAACACCAGAGCUGGUACCUUGGUCUAAAUAACUGUAACAUAUAUGUCUUUUUUCAUGGUACCUUGUUCUUCUAUAUUUUAAAUCGUAGUCUUUUUCUCUGCUUUGAUUACCGGUGACUUGUUUAGUAAAUUGUGGUCUAUUUUGGGUGGU